UUCUGGUAAUGAAAAAGGUCAAGCAGAGGCUGCUGAUCGACACUUCAGCGCUGGUGUUGAAGAAGCAGAUGCCGUUUAUGGCGUUCAUAAUAGGCGACGACGGGCUGGCCUGUUCGGGCACCAUUCCCUCGCUGACCACCGUCCUCACCACGGCGCAGUGCAUCACCGGUGACAAGAAAAUGAUGGCUUGGGCGGGUACGAACCGCCUACGCAAGAGGCCGGACUUCGCACCUCCUACCCAGCACCGCUCCAUAGCAAAAAUCGCUGUACCGGACGAAUACUAUGUGGAGAUUGAUGACAUUGGCGUCGCUUUCUUGCGAGUACCCUGGAACCAAGACGACUACGUUAAGCCGACUCAGAUCUGGAUUCAAAAUAAGCUACUGCCGUUCGACUUCAACGUUCCCCUGCAGGUGGUCGGCUGGGGCUAUGGGAAUCAAACCGGCCUGGACCGCUACCUUCGCCAGACCGUCAUGUUUGUCGGCAGCAGCAUGAUUUGUCCCACGACUGCUCUCCAGCAUCUGCGGCAGCUCAUGUGCAGCAUGGAUAUCUUGCAUAAGACUAUAUGCAAGGGCGAUCACGGAGGCGCAGUCGUGUUUGAAUUUCCGACAUUGGGUCACGUACAGCUGGGAGUCAUCAAGUCUCAAGAGCCGACUCAAGGCCAAGCACGACGCGAACGGAAAGCUGUUUUUGAUCCAGACAGGUCGGAUGAGUCGUGCCAGGUGCCAGCGCUUGCCAACUUGUUCAUGUACACGGGCUACUACAGGAAAUGGAUACUAGAAACAAUAUCGGACUUGCCGACUCUGGAAAAGGACUGGCCUACUCCUAAUUUCACCAGGCCGUCGCCAUACGGAACCGCCCAGGGGGAUCUUCAAUUGCUACAGCAAGAAAUGUAUGGGGAGGUUGCGGCCGUGGAGGUGGACUCGGACGAACAGGACUUGUACGCGGGCGACGACGAAGAUUAUGCCCACGAUUACUCGGGCCCGUGAAGAGGUUGGUUCUAGUGUGACAGAAAACUGUGCGGACUAGGUGUGCACGCCAUAAAUAAACCUGUCUUACAUUUUCGUUUAAAAUUACGUGUAACUGUCCAGCCGCUCAGAGGGAACUGUUGUUAACUCACAGCGUCCGAGGACGUUUGUCCCUAUGAUUCACUGAAUGAUGAAACUCGUAUCACAUGUUUUUGAAAAUUACUAUUGAUUCAAAUACGCGUAUAUCCAAAUU